CUGUAAACUGCAAAGAGGUCAGAAAUUAAUGGACGGAAUAGAAGACAAAAGCUUCAUAAAAGAAGAAGCUAUCAUAAAAGAAGAAACUAUCAUAAAGGAAGAACUGGACCUAGAUGCAUGGGAAUCGACGCAAGAAGAAGAAACAAAUCGAGUGUUAAAUUCUGGAUCUCGAUUCGAUUUGCGCGAGAAUCCUGAGAAUGAGAGACGUGCCAGAAAUACAGGAAAAGAAUAUAUGAACCGCCAAGGACAACGGGUACCUGCCAGAUCCAUGAAAAACUCAUGCACUGUAUCAUCCAGACAGCCAUGUCAUUUAGAUUGUGCACGAAAAUUAAUCCCCGAAAACAGGAGAGAAAAGAUCUUUCAGUAUUUCUGGAAUCUACCGGAUCGUUUCAAAAAAUAUGAAUUUAUUUGUCGCCAUGUUAGGUUGAUCCAACCGAGGAAAAGGAAGUUAAAUCCCUCGACUUCUAAAAUGAGGAAUUACAGCCGGUUCUAUUUUUUGCCACUGGGUGGUAAAUUAGUAAGAGUUUGCAGAACUACUUUCACUGCAACUUUAGACAUCAAUGAACAGUGGUUGAGUACAGCUUUUAAAAAAUUUGGCCAUCUCUCCUCUGGACUACAAUUAGAUGAAAGUGAGCUGGAGUUAGAAAAUGUUGAUCAGAAUAGCACCGAAGAAUUUGAAACUAAAUUUUUGGUCGGUGAACCAGAUCCUCUCGAUAUUGAACAGGCUAAAGAUCCAGACAAAGAUAUCUUUGAUCCAGAUGAAUCCGCCAUUCAAAUGGAGUUAGUUGUAUAUGUUCAAUCAGAACAAGAUAAACUAGAAAGAAUGCGCAAACUUGCUGCUGAACGCCAGCAAAGAUACAAGGCAAGAAAAAGAUUAGAAAAAAUAAAUUCAGAUGCAAUAAUUGCAUCGAAAAAUGCAAUAGCUGCACCUGCAGAUACAAUAACUGCAUUAAAAAAUGCAAUACACGCAUUGACAUACGAAAGGGAAAGCUCUCAGCAAGAUAAACAAGAAAGGAAGCGCAAACUUGCUGCUGAACGCCAGAAAAGAUACAAGGCAAAAAAACGAUUGGAAAAAAUAAAUUUAGAAGCAAUAACUGCAUUGGAGAAUGGAAUAACCGAAUUGGCAAAUGAAGGGGAAAGCUGUGUGCAAGAUAAAAAAGAAAGGAAGCGCAAACUUGCUGCUGAACGCCAGAAAAGAUACAAGGCAAGAAAACGACUGGAAAAAAUAAAUUCAGAUGCAAUAACUGCAUUGGAGAAUGCAAUAACAGUAUGUAAAAAUGAAGGGGAAAGCUCUAAACGAUUGGAAAGAACAAAUUCAGAUUUGAUAACUACAUCGGCAAGUGCAAUAACUGUACAGGAACUUCCAUCGCAAGAACCAUCGAGUCAAGAUAUUGCAGAUCAAUCUGAAAGAGAGCUGGAUGAUUCUCAAGUAGAAACGGAACGAAGAAGAGCAAUUGAAGCCGGAAGACCUUACGUUAGAUGUGACGGUACUAUCCAUCCGGGGCGAAGUGUAAAAAAAGGCUGUGAUUAUUUUUGCUAUUACAAUUGCCGCACAAUUUUGGAAGAGCAGAGGCAAAAGAUUUUUCGAGAUUUCUGGAGCAUAAAUGAGCGCUCUGAAAAGUAUGCGUACCUAUCGAGACUUGUUGAAGAGAGCGAAUCCAAAACAAACAUUCCCAGCAGAAGAAGACUGAGUCGAAAGUAUUUUUUUGAAAUCAAUGGUGAAUUUAGAAGAGUCUGUCAUUUAAUGUUUACAGCGACACUAGAUAUUAAUCAUUUCUGGAUUAGGCAAGCAGUAAAACAUGCUGGAGCAAGAGUUUAUGUCUCCGUUGAUGAUAUUGAGGACGAUGAUAUAGGUCCGAUUUUAUAG